UCCCUACUCUCUUUGCUGCCUCUUUCUCUUCCUCCCUCGUUUCCUCACUCAUGGAUCCUCAUUCUCUCUCCCCUCCCUCCAAGCUCCCUCCUCCUCCCACCACCAUCACUCCUGCUAAACCUUCCUCUCUUCAGCUCGAGCCCGCUACCUCCCCUGAGCCCAGUCCUCUUCGUAAGAUUGUCGCCGUCGCCUCCAUCGCCGCCGGCGUUCAGUUCGGCUGGGCUCUCCAGCUUUCCCUCUUGACCCCUUACGUUCAACUCCUCGGCAUCCCCCACACCUGGGCCGCCUUCAUCUGGCUCUGCGGCCCCAUUUCCGGCAUGAUAGUCCAACCUAUUGUUGGCUUCCACAGCGACCGCUGCACUUCCCGAUUCGGACGCCGGCGUCCUUUCAUUGCCGCCGGAGCUGUCUCUGUCGCCGUCGCCGUGUUCCUCAUCGGCUACGCGGCCGACAUGGGCUACAUGUUUGGUGACUCCUUGGUCAAGAAAACCCGGCCUCGCGCCAUCACCAUAUUCGUCGUCGGCUUCUGGAUCCUCGACGUGGCCAACAACAUGCUCCAGGGGCCGUGCCGGGCCCUCCUGGCCGACCUGGCCGCCGGCGACCAGCGCAAGACGCGAACCGCGAACUCGUUCUUCUCGUUCUUCAUGGCCGUCGGGAACGUCCUCGGUUACGCUGCCGGGUCGUUCAGCAAACUCCACAAGAUGUUCCCGUUCACGAUGACCAAAGCCUGCGACGUCUACUGCGCGAACCUCAAGAGCUGCUUCUUUCUCUCCAUUGCACUACUGGCGACUGUCGCCACCAUUGCCCUCACGUACGUGAAGGAGAAGAAGGUGCCGUCGUCGGGUGAUAAAUCAACGAAGGAAGCCGGUGGUGCGGAGGGAAACGAAGAGGCGGAAGAAGGAUCAAGAUCGUCGCGACCAAUGCCUUGCUUCGGGGAAAUAUGGGGUGCUCUGCGAGUGAUGGAGAAGCCGAUGUGGAUCCUGCUACUAGUAACGUGUCUCAACUGGAUUGCUUGGUUUCCGUUCUUGCUGUUCGACACUGAUUGGAUGGGGAAGGAGGUAUUUGGCGGGCAGGUGGGAGAAGGGAGGGUGUACGAUAUGGGGGUGCGCGCCGGUGCAUUGGGGCUCAUGCUCAAUUCCGUGGUGCUGGGAGUCACGUCCCUGAGCAUCGAGGUUCUGGCGCGUGGGGUUGGGGGCGUCAAGAGGCUCUGGGGAAUAGUGAACUUCAUGCUCGCCAUCGGUUUAGCGCUCACUGUGCUGAUUACAAAAAUCGCCGACCAUUCAAGACGGUACACCGUCAGCCACGAUGGCAUCCUGGAGCCUCUGCCGCCCUCCGCCGGAGUGAAAGGUGGCGCGUUGGCUCUCUUUGCGGUGCUGGGCGUCCCCCUUGCGGUUACAUUCAGUAUUCCUUUCGCUCUAGCAUCUAUAUUUUCCAACACUUCAGGGGCAGGCCAAGGGCUAUCUUUGGGAGUUCUCAAUCUUUCAAUUGUCAUUCCACAGAUGGUGAUUUCUGUGGCAAGUGGACCAUGGGAUGCUUUGUUUGGUGGUGGCAACUUGCCAGCAUUUGUGGUGGGCUCGGUGGCAGCGGCGAUCAGUGGCGUAUUAGCGAUAUUUCUACUGCCAUCUCCAGCGCCGGAUUUGGCCAACGCAGCCGCGGUGGCGGCCGGAGGCUUCCAUUAAAUAGUUGGACUUUUCUUGCUUUACAUUUUCUCACUUGUUUUAUAUGUGGAAAAACUUUUUCCUUUCCUUUCUUUUCUUUCUUUCUUUGUUUUUCCUGGGGCUUGGAAAGUAGGUGUUGUUGCUUGUGUAUAAGGUCAGAAAAUAUGAUAUGGAAGACUUAGAGAGAUCAGUCACUGUAACUGUAAAGUUAUAUGGCUGUGUAUAGGCUGUCUAAGCAGGCCCAUCAAAUAUUUUCUUUAUAUUGAAUAUUAAUGUUAGUCCAUCUUUCAUCAA